AUGGCGACCUUUAGUCCCGUCAAUACCAACCUCGCGCCAAACCAUCUCCCUCGCAAUGGCGACGAGCCAGCGCCCACAACUCCCCGCCCAAACACGGCGCCGGAUAUACAGCCCUCCUCGGUCCAUCGCGACGACGCAGUCACCCCCACACGAGCCACUUUUGCCGCCCUAGCCGCCCAACGACCCCUUCCAGCAUCGCCCUUUCCAUCCGCAAUCACCAUACCCGAGAAGGACGAGACGAGUCAGCAGAAUCUACAUCGAGGGAACUCGCAGUAUUCGGCCAAGUCCAGAGAGUCCGAGGAUGUCGAAAUGGCUGGCGACUCGGAAGAAGGAGAGGAGGCGUCCGAUGACGAGAGCGUCGUGAACGCAGACGGGAGCAAGUCGUCGAAGAAGAAGAAAUCGCAGAGAUUCUAUUGCACCGACUAUCCCCCAUGCAGCUUGAGCUUCACCCGUAGUGAGCAUCUGGCGAGGCACAUUCGGAAACACACUGGCGAGCGCCCGUUCCAAUGUCACUGCUCACGCCGCUUCUCGCGUCUCGAUAACCUCCGCCAGCAUGCCCAGACCGUCCACCUGAAUGAAGAGAUCCCACAAGACUCGCUGGCGGCGACGGGCACAAGGUUCCAGCGACAGGUUCGAACGGAUCGAGUCCGGCCCCCGGGGAGUCGGGCGAGAGCAUCCACCACCAGCAGCCAAACAAGUCAAGGGAGAGGGCACACGCGGAAUUCCUUAUCGGCGUCCAGCAUUGGGUCGGUUGCCUCCGCAUAUAGCCAGAGAGAGGAGGUCCGGAGACGACCCCCGCCGUUGGUUAUGGCGGGCGAGCCUCGAGCGAGGUUCUCGCAAGAGAUAUAUCGCGCCGAGAGUCCAUCAAGCCAGUUCCAAUACCGUCCUCACUCACCGGGCGGCUUCAGCACCCCAACCUCAGCCACCUUUUCAACGGGCCAGAAUAGCCCCCGCUGGGGCGGGCCGUCUGGUCUUGGAUCGCCCAUGUCCACCCACUCCCGAACCGCAAGCCUCUACGCGGGGCAUCGCACCCCUGGGCGAAGGUUAUCGGUGCCAUCGGCGGGCAAUCCUUUUCAAUCCCCCCAUAGCAGUUCAUUUGCCCCGGGUCUCCUGUCGCCGCUGAACUCGAGCAACAUGGGCUCGUUCUCCCCAUCAGGCAGCAUGGUGGCAAGUCCUACGGUCUCAUCGAGCGGGUCCAUGUGGUCUCGCCGCGAAUCGAUAUCGGGUGCCGCAGAUGAGGCAUGGAGACGGCGAACCUGGCAUCCUGACACUUCCUCGGGAUUCACCAGUCGGUUGCAGGUUAUGACCACCCCCAAUAGUUAUUCGGACGGGCCGCACCCGCAGCCUCCCGUAGUUCCAAGCAACGGUCCGGCGCUCCCGCAACCUAUGCGGCUUCCCGGGAUCGAAAGCUUCGUUACCCUCCCCCAGUCGGGCCCCCCACGGCCAACUACCCCAGUGCGCCGACAACCAAGUCCGAUGAUGAUAGAUACUACCCCAAGUCGUCCCCCUCCUCGGACUGACCCCUAUCAAAAUGAGAGACCCAGCAGUCAAUACUCAGAUACGGGCAUCAACAGACACCUCAACCGGCUCGAUAUUACCCAAGGCCCAGCACCCCCCGAUACCGCAAGUUCAUGGGCAUCGGAAGCGAAUCGGGCCGUGCAAGCACAAGCCGAACAGGCGCGUGCCCAGCCAGCUGUUCGAUUUGAAGAAUCGCCUUAUUCAGCCCAGGCACAGAGGAGUGGUUCAUGGAGCCAACAUGUCAGUGCCCCUCCAAUCACGCCCAAGUCAAGCAAACGUCACGGAUGGUAUCAUGGGCCGGUGACUGUUCAGAACGGCGCCCCUGUUCAACGGACGUCCCCCGCCAAUUCGAGUAGCCCUGAAGGUGGAAUACCAGAGACGCCAAGCAGCUCACAAGUGGGAGAGCUCAAUCCGAGCAUUGUACACUCAAAUGGUUGGGUGGAAACCCAAAACGGCAAAAGGGUCGCUGGGCAACAAGAUACCCAGCCACCCCAACAUGACAACUACCCACCCUAUCCUCGUCCGAAUGGCAUGGAUGCGGCUUACACUUAUUCCCCGGUUGGAAAUCGGGGGCCGGUGCAACAAGAACACCAAGUACCUAAAUCAACAGAUAGCAACAUGCGCCGUCUAGAGGCGCUAGUUGCAGUGGCUACCAGCGAGGAGAAUGUCACAGCUCCGAUAUACUGA